GCAGCAAGUAAACGUCUACUGUAAAUCUUCCACUAGACAAUUGGUCCAACUUGCCCAAGAAAAUGUCUUUCGGUAUUGAAUCAUUGGAGCUUCAAUUUUAAAGUGGCUUCUUCACCAAAUCAAAUAUUGUCUUGGUAAUGGUAGCUCGUCAAACCGUACCAAACUGUUCCCAUAAACUUUAUUAUUAUUAUUAUCAUUAUUAUUAGUAUUUAUUUCAACAACUCUCAUAAUAGUACAGACCAGACUGUGCCCACUGGCCAAUAGAGUUUGGACGUUUGUUGCAGUGAGUUCUGUAUCUUCGCGCAGAUCGCUUGAGUGACGUGUGAUUAAGCAGACACCAUAAUUUAGUCAUGAUGCUGAGAGGUUAUAUUUAUAUUAUAGUAGUGGGAAUUGCAUAUAAGUUCACCCAAAUACCCUUUGCAGUAGAAUUUUGUUGGGAACAGCACUAAAGAUCUUUCUAUAAUCGCACAAGAGGGUAUGUUUAUUUUUUUUUAUCUUGUGGGGUUUUAACCCCUUUUCUGCGAGUCUAGAGUUGGUGGGUUUUGAGGACUUUUGAGAAUGGCGUAGUAGACAGAUGAGAUGAUGAAGAAUAAGAUAAUGCUGGAGGGAUAAUGUUUUGCCAAACCAUGGGACGACGAAUGAAUCUUCUCCUCCUGAGCUUGGGGCUUGUCGUUUCAGCAUUAAUCGACGACUGUGAUUCAACUCUGUCUCCUUCUGGUGUGAAUUACGAAGUUGUGGCAUUGAUUUCUAUAAAGAAAAGCUUGUCCGAUCCCUAUAAUGCCCUGGAGAGUUGGGAUAUUUAUUCAGUAGAUCCUUGUAGUUGGAGGAUGAUUACUUGUUCCUCAGAUGGCUAUGUUUCUAACCUAGGCCUAACUGGGCUGAGCUUGUCCGGAGCCUUGUCGCCUGGAAUCGGCAACCUGACUGGCUUGCAGUCUGUGCUGCUGCAGAACAAUGAUAUCAGCGGAUCGAUUCCAGAAACAAUUGGGAAGUUAGAAAAGCUUCGGACACUUGAUCUCUCUAACAACAAGCUUUCUGGUGACAUACCCAACUCUAUAGGGAGUCUUACAAACUUGAAUUAUCUGCGUCUUAACAACAACAGCCUUACAGGAAACGUUCCAGCCUCGCUUUCUGAAAUCGAGAGCCUUAGACUGGUGGACCUCUCGUUCAAUAACCUUAGUGGAUCUGUUCCGAAAGUCUCUGCAAGAACAUUCAAAAUAGUUGGAAAUCCUUUGCUUUGCAAGCAAACUCCACAAAACAAUUGCUCUGAUGUCUACCCUGAACCUUUAUCCUUCCCACCCAAGGCUGUGAAGGAAUCUGGAGCAAAACAUCAUGUUGGCAUCGCCAUUGGAGCUAGCUUCGGCUGCCUCUUAGCAGUUAUAAUGCUAUGCGGCUUUAUUCUCUGGUGGCGGUACAGAAAGAACCAACGAAUUUUUUUCGACAUCAACGAUCAAUAUAAUCAAGAUGCUCACCUGGGGCAUUUGAAAAGGUAUUCAUUCCGGGAACUGAGAGCUGCAACAGAACAAUUCGAUUCGAGGAAUAUAUUAGGAAAGGGAGGAUAUGGAGUCGUAUACAAGGGCCGGUUGAAUGACGGGACUGUGGUGGCUGUCAAAUGGUUGAAAGACUACAAUACUGCUGCCGGGGGCGAAACGCAGUUCCGGACUGAAGUGGAGCUGAUCAGUUUGGCUGUCCAUAAAAACAUUCUCCGCCUUUGCGGAUUUUGUUCGACAGAGAACGAGCGCCUUCUAGUGUAUCCUUAUAUGCCGAAUGGGAGCGUGGCAUCUCGACUUAAAGAAAACACACAUGGCAGGCCGGUAUUGGACUGGUCGAGACGGAAAAGGAUAGCGCUGGGCACGGCGAGGGGACUGGUGUACCUGCACGAGCAAUGCGACCCGAAAGUAAUCCACCGGGACGUCAAAGCAGCUAACAUUCUACUCGACGAAGAUUUUGAGGCAGUGGUCGGGGAUUUCGGGCUGGCGAAGCUCCUGGAUCGCGAGGAUUCGCAUGUUACUACUGCUGUGCGAGGCACCGUCGGCCACAUUGCUCCCGAGUAUUUGUCGACUGGCCAAUCGUCGGAGAAGACGGAUGUUUUCGGGUUCGGAAUUCUGCUUCUUGAGCUGAUCACGGGAGAGAAGGCUGUGACAGACAAGAAGGGAGUGAUCCUUGAUUGGGUGAGGAAACUCCAUGAGGAGGGGAAGCUGAGCUUGAUGGUGGACAGACAUCUCAGGAACGAAUUCGAGGCGGCGGAGUUGGAGGAAUUGGUUGAGGUGGCUCUUCUUUGCACGCAGUUUAAUCCAUGGCGACGGCCGACGAUGUCGCAGGCGUUGAGGAUGUUAGAAGAAGGAGAGGGGUCGGGAGAGAAAUCACAGGCGCAAGCCUACAACAACAUGUCAUCGUCGUCGUCGUCUUCGAUACGUCAUUUUCAUCAUCAUCGUCCUUCUGUGAGAUAUUAUUCGAAUUUGGUGGAGGAAUCGGAGUCGGCUUACGUUGUUGAAGCUAUGGAGCUCUCUGGGCCAAGGUAGCAGCAAAUCAACUGAACUGAAUGCGUAUUUCUUUAUUUUUAUUUGUACAUGAUUGAUGAUGAUGGAUUGCCUCUGUUUAUCCUUUGUUCUUUCUUUCUGUAAAAGUAAGGGAAGCACGAAUGAAUGAAUGGAUUGGGUAGGCUUCAUCUACUUGUAUGGGCCUUUUUUGUUUGUGGACUAGCGGUCCGCCCAAAUACACCACUAGUUUUGUGGAUA